AUGGGCAAGCGGAAGAGUGCAGAUGAGGUCGAAAACGAGCCCUCGUCUGGACAGAUCGCGUCGCGCGGUCAUGGCAUAAUUGAAGCUGUCAAUAAGUUAUCCGAGCAAGACUUCAAGGCAGCUUACCUCGCCGAAGAGGACUGGUCACAGCUUGCGAACGUUGACAGCAAAUUUCAUUUUGCGAAGACUUUGAGCCAGGACGAGUUGCAAAAGUGCUUCGACCUCAUCGAGCGGACCAGUCGCCACGACUACGAGCCGAGUAGCUUCGGAUGGCACCCGAAGCGAAAGAUGCGUGAGAUGAAGGAGAAAGAGAUGAAGUACAUCAUUUUCAAAGACUGUCCGCCUCAAGACUCGUCUGAGGCCGGGAUAAGUGGCUUUCUUAGCUUCAUGCUUACCCAUGAUUCAACGCCAUCAGUCCCUGUGCUGUAUAUCUACGAGAUCCACCUCGAUAACGGCACAAGAGGCAAAGGACUUGGUAGAUCUUUGAUGAAAAUGGCCGAAAACAUUGCGAAGAGAGUGGGAGUGGAGAAGGUCAUGUUGACUUGCUUCAAGAGCAAUGUGAAAGCACGCGCGUUCUACGAGUAUCUGGGAUAUGAGAUGGAUAUUUGCUCACCCGAAGACCGCAAGACGAGGAACAAAGUCGUUAAGGUUGACUAUGUCAUCAUGAGCAAGGACCUGACGAGUCCGGAUAUUCGGGACAACGAAGACAGUGAUUGAGGCAUAGGC